AUGAAAAAUAGUAAAGCAACUGCAGAAGUUCUCAUUUCACAUGGUGCGAAUGUCAAUGAAAAAAAUGAAGGUGGAGAAACCGCACUUCAUAUUGCAGCAUGGAAUAAUAGUAAAGAAACUGCAGAAGUUCUUAUUUCACAUGGUGCGAAUGUCAAUGAAAAAAAUAAAAUUGGUGAAACCGCACUUCAUAUUGCAGCAUGGAAUAAUAGUAAAGAAACUGCAGAAGUUCUUAUUUCACAUGGUGCGAAUGUCAAUGAAAAAAAUAAAAGUGGAGAAACUGCACUUCAUAUUACAGCAUGGAAUAAUAGUAAAGAAACUGCAGAAGUUCUUAUUUCACAUGGUGCGAAUGUCAAUGAAAAAAAUAAAAUUGGUGAAACAGCACUUCAUAUUGCAACAAUGAAAAAUAGUAAAGCAACUGCAGAAGUUCUCAUUUCACAUAAUGUGAAAGAAUAA